UUUUGAAGAGUCAACAAUGGUUAGAUAUAUACAAUACAAAAUGUACAUACACUGUAAUAGAGAGCCAUUGGAUUGAGCAAUCACAAAAUCUUCUUUGGUAGAUUCAACAUCUGCUUCUUCACCAUUUUUUGGGUAAAUCUUUUUCUCAGUCAAACUUCCAAGAAUCUGAUUUACUUUUGUUGACUCUCAUAAUCUUGAUUUUCUGAUUUCAUAAGAUUACAAUUUGGGGGUUUUGGUUCUUGACUAUCUGAUCUGAAAAAGAUUCAAUCUUUUUACUUUUUUGGACUUCUUGAAGUACCCCUUUUGAUUCAAAUUGAAUUUGGUUUUUUGGGUUGGCGUUGGAUUGAGCUUUAGAUUGGAGUUUUUUGGGGAUGUAAUGGAAGAAAACGCAGCAGCUUUUCAUACUGCUUUAAAUGCGGCGCAGGCGUUAGGAAGGGGUUUUGAUGUGAAUUAUGAUACAAGAUUGCUUUACUGUAAAGGGGUGUCUGGGUCUAGGGUUGUAGAGAUUGAUGAAGACCAUACAAGGGAUCUUUCUUUAUAUGAUAACCUAGUCUUGCCUAAUGUUUCAAGGGAUAUUAAGAACUUUCAGGAGCCCGGCGGUCGUGAUGGCUCUAGUGUUUGCAAUUAUAAUGAGAUGGUGGAAUAUUUUAACAGAAAGGCUAGUAUUCCAGGCCAUGCUCCUCUUGGUAGCUUUAAUGUAGCGUUCAGUUUCACUGGUGCAAAGCAUUUUGAUGCUACCACUACAAAGACACUUUGUAUGGAUGGAUAUUUCAUACCACUUGCUAGGCUUCAACUUAUGAACUCACCGUUAGUAUUACAGGAAAGUGUUAAAAGAGCUGUCCCAGCAUCAUGGGACCCACCCGCAUUAGCAAGCUUCAUUGAAAAUUUUGGGACUCACAUAAUUACAUCUGUAACUAUUGGUGGUAAAGAUGUAAUUUAUGUUAAACAGCACCUUUCAUCACCUCUUUCCACAAUGGAAAUAAAAAGUUAUGUUCAUGAUAUUGGAAAUCAGAGGUUCUCCAGCACAGAAAACCUUACAAGUUCAGGUUUAUUGAAAUACAAGGACAAGUCUAGCGAUCCGUCAAUAUUCAAUAGCCAAGGGAUAUUUCCCCAGCCCACUAAUGCUCCAUAUAUUGCUGGAAACGGCAAAGAGGAUGUCACGGUCAUUUUUAGAAGAAGAGGAGGAGAUGAUCUGGAACAAAGCCACAGCCAAUGGGCAAAAACUGUCAGAUCUUCUCCAGAUGUCAUUGAGAUGUCAUUCUACCCUAUAACUCUUCUAAUUGAAGGAAUCAAAGGCAAGGAGCAUUUGGAGCGUGCUAUAAGUCUUUAUCUCGAAUACAAGCCUCAAAUUGAAGAGCUGAGAUAUUUCCUAGAGUUUCAGGUCCCAAGGGUAUGGGCCCCUGUACAGGACAGAUUUCCAGGCCAACAACGGAAGGAACCUGUUUGCCCGCAUCUGCAGUUCAGCAUGAUGGGACAAAAGCUCUAUGUUAGCCAAGAACAAGUGUCAGUGGGGCGUAAGCCUGUGACUGGCAUGCGGCUAACUCUUGAAGGUUCCAAGUCAAAUCGAUUAUGCAUCUAUCUUCAACAUCUGACUAACCUUCCAAAGAUCCUUCUGCCAUGUUGGGACACUCAUGUAGCAAUUGGCGCUCCAAAGUGGCAGGGGCCUGAAGAGCAAGAUAGUAGGUGGUUUGAGCCAGUGAAAUGGAAGAACUUUUCGCAUGUCAGUACUGCACCAAUUGAGUGUCCUGAAACUUUUAUAGGUGAUGAUCACUCUGGUGUGUACAUAGUGACAGGAGCACAGCUUGGGGUCUGGGACUUUGGAUCAAGAAAUGUGUUGUAUAUGAAGCUUCUGUAUUCAAAGCUACCAGGAUGCACUAUACGAAGAUCACUGUGGGACCAUACCCCGAAUGAUAAGUCGAACAAAAAGGUCAAUUGUGAGAAUAACAUUGGCGAUGCAAGUUCUGUUAUAGGGGAGAAUAUUAUAGGCAAUAAGUUGGCAAAGUUUGUUGACAUGACUGAGAUGAGCAAGGGGCCUCAAGAUCCUCCUGGCCACUGGUUAGUAACAGGUGGAAAACUUGGUGUCGAAAAGGGGAGAAUUGUUUUGAGAUUGAAGUAUUCCUUGUUAAAUUAUUAGUUGAUACUGCUUCUGAACACAUGCUGCAUUUUGUUCCACAAGGAAGUAGUAAUGGUGUUUUGGUGUAUAUGGUUCGG